AGGCAAUCCAAGAAAGCAUUUAACUUUUCCAGAAUAAAAGAAAGAGAAGAGUAAUAAAGAAGAGAAGGAAAUGGGGUUCAAAAUAUGCUUCGUUUUGCUUCUCUUCUUCUUUCUUCUUGGCAUUGCCACUUCGUCAUUCCUUGAUUAUGAUACGCCUAAGACUUCGGUAGAAAAAGGGCGUUCCCUUCUUCUGAAAAACAGUUAUGAAGAAGCGAAACAGAUGUAUUUUGAAGACAAAAAGCAGUGUGCAUUCGUGAACAACAUGAACUACACAAUAGUUACGAGCCAGUGCACAAGACAACCCCUUUCCUACCCCGUCGCGACAUGCUGCAAAUCACUUAAGCGAUUAAUGUGCAAAUAUAGGGAUCAACUUAACCCGAAUCCCAAAUGCGCCUUCUUCAUGUUCGAAAAUCUCCAUAACAAAGGCAAGUAUCCUCCUACGAUUCUCAAGUACCUCUGUGAACAAUUUGAAGGCAAGAAGAAGGACCUCGACUGUUUUGGAUAUUAAUUAAUAUAUAUGAAACAAAAUGCAGCAAAACUUGUACAAAAUUUGGAAUAUAUAAAAUUAUAAAUGCCUGCCCAAGAUUUGGAUUGCAUACAAAACGUGUACUAUAUAAAAUUGUACGUGUUUUCACUGGCUGUAUUGUAACUUACUUCUCCAA